AUGAACUGGAGCGUGUUUGAAGGGCUCCUCAGCGGGGUCAACAAGUACUCCACGGCCUUUGGCCGCAUCUGGCUCUCCGUGGUCUUCAUCUUCCGCCUGCUGGUCUACGGGCUCCUGGUCAUCAUGCACGUGGCCUAUCGGAAGGCCAAGGAGCAGAGGCACCGCGCUGCCGGGGGGCACAGCUGCCCCCACACCUACAUCAGCCCUGGCAAGAAGCGGGGGGGGCUCUGGUGGACCUACCUGCUCAGCCUCAUCUUCAAGGCUGCUGUGGACAUCGUCUUCCUCUACAUCUUCUACCGCUUCUACAGGAACUACACCCUGCCCCGGCUGGUGAAGUGCGAGCUGUCGCCCUGCCCCAACGUGGUAGACUGCUUCAUCUCCCGGCCCACUGAGAAGACCAUCUUCACUCUCUUCAUGGUGGUCACCUCCUGUGUCUGUGUUGUGCUGAGCCUCGUCGAGGCCACCUACCUGAUUGGCAAGCGGUGCUGCGAGUGCGCCCAGGCCCCUGGGAGGCUGAGCCGCCAGCACAGCCAGGACUGCACACCCCCCCUCACCGAGCCCGCCAGCACAGAGGGGCAGGUUUUCCAGGGACCAGACUUCAAACCCCCCACGGCCUCCAUCCUCCCCACAGCCUCCAGCACCUGCACACCACCCAAGGAGGAGGCUCUUCCCUAG